UUUAUGGUGGAAAAUCGGAUCAUCAACUGGGUAGAAAGAUGUCAUCGGCAAGGAAGGGCAAAGCGCCGAAGAGGAGCGAAUGGAACCCCAACCUGAACUCUUGUAGAGCCGAGGAAUCGGUGGCGGGCCCGUCGGUGUUUACCAUCGACGGGGCUGAAGAGGACGAAAUCCUUUGCUCCUCUCGAUCUCUCACUCGGGAGGAGGUGCUUCGCCGUCGCUCUCGUCGGGUGAAGCAACUGGCCUUAUGUUAUAGACGCCAAUAUUGGGCCCUGAUGGAGGAGGUCCGUGUAAAGCACCGGGAUUACUAUUGGGAGUACGGGGUUAGUCCCUAUGAGUGCGGAGAUAAGGAGGUGGAGGGGGAGGAUCCUGAGCAGGAUAAGGGGGAGGAGGAUGGGCUGAAUAGGGGACGGGUUGCUGAGGAGAAUGGCGAGGAGACGGAGGCCACGAGGACGGGGCGUCGGGUUCAAUUAGGAUUUGACGAAGGGAAGGGUGGCGUGGGGAACAUAGGCCAAAGGAAGCGAUGUGCAUUUCCUGGAUGCAAGACAAAUGCAAUGGCCUUAACGAAUUAUUGCCAUCCGCAUAUAUUGUCGGAGAAGAGGCAGACUCUUUACAAGCCUUGUAUUCAUGUAAUAAAGAGGUCUAAGAAUGGUGAACCCAUUACCUGUGCGAAGCCAAUUCUGGUAGAUGCUAUACCUUCUCUCUGCCACAUCCACUUGCCGAAGUAUCAGACGAGUAUAUCACAAGCUUUGAGAAAGCAUGGAGUAAACAUACCCUCGGGCAAGCCUGUUCCUAAAUUUAGUGCUAUAAUAGCUGAAAGUGUGCGUCAGAUUCAAGCCAAAAGAAAAGAAGCAUUGAAGAACUCUUCUAAAGAUACUAUGGAUCAGAAGGAUGAGGAGAUUCAGAAGGACGAGAUUUGACCAAGUUUUAUUUCCUAUUAAUGCAUUUCAUUCCUACUUGCCCUGUAUUUGUUCCUAAAGACCUGUAUCCUUUAGAUCAGGACGUAUUUGACUGAGACAAACCAUACUUUUGUUUA